ACGGCAAACAGACCUUGACACGAUUAGGGUACGAUGUACAUGAAGAAGGAAUUUUUAGACUUUAAGAACUGAAAAAGGGAAGCGCGAUGCACAGGAAAAACCGUAACACUUCUCUCUGCUAUGGAUUUAUCUUCAACUUGUUGGUGGCGCUGUGCACGAUAGCGUUUAUGUGUUACUUUUUGUACCGCUUUGAUACCAGACUCCUUUCACUGGAGCGACGCUUGUGGGAUAUACAACAUGACAAGGGUGUCAGCGCAGUUAAUCGGGAAAGACUGACGUUACUUAAGAAAGGAAACCGCAACAAAAGGAGACAUUUUAACAGGAAAAAUCUGGUGAAUAGAACCUUUCAACACGGGUUUCUGUCGGAGCAUGAUUCGGAAAAACUCCAUGCUAAAUGACUGUUCGCCGGCUCCAUUACCAAAAUACAGGCCAUGUGUUGUUACGUGCUGUUUGCAUUUCAGCUUGGAGCUUUACCGAUCACGGAUGACAAUCAUCUUUGUUUGGAUUUCAUCAGCCGCUGAGUUAUAUUACUAUGUAACUGCGCGUAACAUUUGCGUUCCUGUUAGAUGUACGUGAGUGAGGAAAAAUGUUUUGGUUCUACACUUUGUGAAAAAAACCACUUAAGGAUUAUGAGAUUCAAUUUAACACUUCAUAAAUUUGCACACGUGAUGUAGAUGUUUAUUGUAAAUUACUACCUUUUGAGAUAUAUUUGCAAGAUUGGGUGAUUUAUACACUUCCUAUUUUCCUGAAAACUGCAAAACAUAGUUUCAUUGUGAAUGGAAGCGUGCGUGACAACG